UCUCACGGACAGAGCAACAGGCAUGGCGCUCUCCCUCGCUGCCCCUCACCUGUUCUUGCCCCUGGUGUUCCUGACAGGUCUCAGCUCCCCCUUUAACCUGGACGUGCAUCACCCACGCCUAUUCCCAGGGCCACGUGAGGCCGAAUUUGGAUACAGUGUCUUACAACAUGUCGAGGGUGGACAGCGAUGGAUGCUGGUGGGCGCCCCAUGGGAUGGGCCUUCAGGCGACCGAAGGGGGGAUGUCUAUCGCUGCCCCGUGGGGGGCUCACAAAGUACCCCAUGUGUCAAGGGCCACUUGGGUGACUAUCCCCUGGGAAAUUCUUCUCGUCCAGCUGUGAAUAUGCACUUGGGGAUGUCUCUCCUGGAGGCAGGCGGCGGCGAUGGGGGGUUCAUGGCCUGCGCCCCUCUCUGGUCUCGCGCCUGCGGUUCUUCUGUCUUCAGUUCUGGGAUAUGUGCCCGCGUAGAUGCUUCCUUCCGGCCCCGGGGCAGCCUGGCACCUACGGCGCAACGCUGCCCCACGUACAUGGACGUCGUCAUCGUCUUGGACGGCUCCAACAGCAUCUACCCCUGGUCCGAGGUUCAGACCUUCCUGCGCAGACUGGUGGGGAGACUGUUCAUCGACCCCGAGCAGAUACAGGUGGGGCUGGUGCAGUAUGGGGAGAGCCCGGUGCACGAGUGGUCCCUGGGGGACUUGCGCACCAAGGAGGAGGUGGUGAGGGCCGCCAGGAACCUGAGCCGCCGGGAGGGCCGGGAGACGAAGACUGCGCAGGCCAUCCUGGAGGCCUGCACAGAGGGGUUUAGUCCGUCCCGAGGGGCCCGACCCGGGGCUGCCAGGCUGCUGGUGGUUGUCACCGACGGGGAAUCUCACGACGGAGAGGAGCUCCCGGCCGCGCUCGAGGCCUGUGAGGCUGGAACAGUGACGCGUUAUGGGAUUGCCGUCCUUGGUCACUACCUCCGGCGCCAGCGGGACCCGAGCUCUUUCCUGCGGGAAAUUCGCACCAUCGCCAGUGACCCGGAUGAGAAGUUCUUCUUCAACGUCACAGAUGAGGCUGCUCUGACGGACAUUGUGGACGCACUGGGAGACCGCAUCUUCGGCCUCGAGGGGUCCCAUGGAGAAAAUGAAAGCUCCUUUGGACUGGAGAUGUCUCAGAUUGGCUUCUCCACUCAUCGGUUAAAGGACGGGAUUCUCUUUGGGAUGGUGGGGGCCUAUGACUGGGCAGGCUCCGUGUUAUGGCUCGAAGAGGGUCACCGCCUUUUCCCCCCGCGGACGGCUCUGGAAGAUGAGUUCCCCCCUGCACUGCAGAAUCACGCAGCCUACUUGGGUUACUCUGUUUCUUCUAUGCUUUUGCGGGGUGGACGCCGCCUCUUUCUCUCGGGGGCGCCUCGUUUUAGGCACCGAGGGAAAGUCAUCGCCUUCCAGCUGCAGAAAGAUGGUUCCGUGAGGGUUGCCCAGAGCCUCCAGGGGGAGCAGAUUGGCUCCUACUUUGGCAGUGAGCUCUGCCCGCUGGACGUGGAUGGGGACGGAGCGACCGACGUCUUGCUUGUGGCUGCUCCCAUGUUCCUGGGCCCCCAGAGCAAGGAGACGGGGCGCGUCUAUGUGUAUGCAGUGGGCCAGCAGCCCUUGCUGGCACUGCAGAGAACGCUGCAGCCGGAGCCUGCGCAGGACGCCCGAUUUGGCUUCGCCAUGGGCGCCCUUCCUGACCUGAACCAAGACGGCUUUGCUGACGUGGCUGUGGGGGCGCCCCUGGAGGAUGGGCACCGUGGGGCGCUGUACCUCUACCACGGGACCCAGAGUGGAGUCAGGCCCCGUGCUGCCCAGCGGAUAGCUGCGGCCUCCAUGCCUCAGGCCCUCAGCUACUUUGGCCGCAGUGUGGACGGCCGGCUAGAUCUGGACGGGGACGAGCUGGUGGAUGUGGCCGUGGGCGCCCAGGGGGCCGCUGUCCUGCUCAGCUCCCGGCCCAUCGUCAGCCUGCUCCCGUCCCUGACCGUGACCCCAGCGGCCAUCAGCGUGGUGCAGAGGGACUGCAGGCGUCGAGCCCAGGAGGCGGCCUGCCUCUCUGCAGCCCUCUGCUUCCAAGCCACCUCGCGCACGCCUGGCCGCUGGGACCGCCGAUUCUACGUGCGGUUCGCGGCCUCCCUGGAUGAGUGGACGGCCGGGGCUCGGGCGGCCUUCGACGGCUCUGGCCAGAGGCUGUCUCCCAGGAGGCUCCGGCUCAGCGUGGGGAACGUGACCUGUGAGCGGCUGCUCUUCCAUGUGGUGGACACUUCGGACUACCUCCGGCCGGUGGCCUUGACUGUGACCUUUGCUUUGGACAACACCACGAAGCCGGGGCCUGUGCUGGACGUGGGCUCGCCCACCUCCAUCCGCAAGCUGGUGCACUUCUCAAAGGACUGCGGCCCCGACAACGAGUGUGUCACGGACCUGGUGCUUCGAGCCAACAUGGACAUCAGGGGCUCCAGGAAGGCCCCGUUUGUGGUCCGAGGGGGUCGGCAGAAAGUGCUGGUGUCAGCGACUCUGGAGAACAGGAAGGAAAACGCCUACAACACCAGCCUGAGCCUCAGCUUCUCGGGAAACCUCCACCUGGCCAGUCUCUCUCCGCAGAGCGACAGCCCGGUGAAGGUGGAGUGCGGGGCCCCUGCCCCUCACGCCCGGCUCUGCAGCGUGGGCCAUCCCGUCUUUCUGGCUGGAGCCAAGGUGAGCUUCCUGCUGGAGUUCGAGUUCAGCUGCUCUGCCCUCCUGGGCCGGGUCCUCGUGAGGCUGACGGCCACCAGCGACAGCCUGGAGGGGAGCACGACCCUGGAUGACAACACAGCCCAGGCCUCAGCCCUGGUGCAGUACGAGCCCCGCCUCCUGCUCUCCAGUGAGUCCACGCUGCACCGCUAUGAGGUCCACCCGUACGGGGCCCUCCCUGUGGGUCCUGGUCCCGAAUUCAAGACCACGCUGAGGGUUCAGAACCUCGGCUGUUACGCGGUCAGCGGCCUGGUCCUCUCCGCGCUGCUUCCGGCUGCCGCCCGCGGGGGCAGCUACUUCCUGUCACUGUCGCAGGUCCGCAGCAGCAGCAAUGCCAGCUGCGUGGUGCAGAACCUGACCGAGCCCCCAGGGCCCCCCGUGCACCCCGAGGAGCUCCAGCACACGAGCAGGCUGAACGCGAGCAACGCGCAGUGCCAGGUGGUGCGGUGCGCCCUCGGGCGGCUGGCGAAGGGCGCCGAGGUCUCCGUGGGACUGCUGCGGCUGGUCCAUAACGAGUUUUUCCGGAGGGCCAAAUUCAAGUCUCUGACAGUGGUCAGCUCCUUCGAACUUGGGACGGAGGAGGGCAGUGUCCUGCGGUUGGCUGAAGCCUCUCGUCAGAGUGAGAGCCUGCUGGAGGUGACGCAGGCCCGCCCUGUGCUCAUCUCGCUGUGGGUACUCCUGGGCAGUGUCCUGGGUGGGCUGCUGCUGCUUGCCUUCCUCAUCUUCUGCCUUUGGAGGCUUGGCUUCUUUGCCCGUAAAAAAAUCCCCAAGGAAGAAAAAAGAGAAGAGAAGUCGGAGCAAUGAAUGUAGAAUAAAGCGCCGAAAGUCUUCCCUGGCAACCUUUCCAAAUGACGCGCACAAGAAUGGAGGUUUGGGGGUUCGGAUGGAGCAAGAAACAGUCCUGGACUGUCUCCCCAGACCUGCAGUCUUUGCAUCUGGAGGAUGCUGCUGGCUGGAGCCAGGCCUUACCUCAGACAAGAAGGGUGGGCCCCCAAACCAGGAGCAUCCCCACCCUGCCCGUCCCUCCUCGGUCCCACGGGGCCCUUUCCCGAGCUCCAGAAAUCAAGAUCUUUUUGCCUAGGUCCCUGAGGACGAGAUGAGGAGAUGAGGGUUACCUUCUUCUAUCCAGGCUCUGUCUCCCACCUCCUGCCUGCUCCCAGCUCCACAGGAGGGAGCUGAUGUUGGCUUGAAAGAAGUAAAGUCAACAUCUGCUGCUUUCCUGUGGCUCUGGUGAUUCAGAGAGCCGGAUGGGGAGAGUCAACAGGAAAAAAGGAGGGAGGAGGAAAAGCCACAAGAGACAUUCUGUGCAAUUCCAAGGAACAGAGAAGCCUUUAGAUGGGCAGCUGCCAUCCCCUGAAACCCGAGACUCCGCUCGCAGCCCUCAGGUGCUGAGAACCGGCCUCUGCAGACCUGCUGGGCUUCCCUGGGAGCGUGGCCAGGGCGGCGCCCCAUUCUCUGGAGCCCGGGGCCCCCUGGUGGCCGGAGCUGGGAUAGCAGCGGGCUCUGGCUCCCAGAGCGUGAUCUGUCUCUGGUCUCACCAACCUGCAGCCCUGGGGGCCUCCUUGUAGAAACUAGAGUGAACGGAGAGGGCUAUGCUCUUGAGGUGGUGGUGGUGGUCGGGGCACCUUAUCUGCUUUGCGACACAGCAGUCCAUGGGGUAAGAACUAGUGGGGGGACUAGUGGGGUCUGCGUUAAGGAGCCCAGCUAGAGACAGGAGGUCUCUGGGGAGCAGGGCCUUAAUCACUCAGCACUGUCCUGCAGUGUCAAGGCUCCUAGGAAAGGUUUCUGGGG